ACUUGCCACUCUGCUAUCGUCCACACACUGAUUUCUUCUCAGCUUUGUUUUUCAUUCCUCUCACUACUGCUAUAUGCUCAAGAAAUUCUAAGACGCAUCUUUACCAUGUGGCUUCGAAUCUCGUGUAUCUUGCUUUUGGUGUCUCACUUUGCUGUCUUCGCCGCCAGCAAGAGUUUCUCUGCUGCCUACGAGAAGAUAUGGCUCUACUAUGCCUACCAGCUUGCUUUCAAGUUCGAAGGCCCCACCCAGCCAUACAUUCUUCGACAACUUGACCCGACAGUUCCAAUGGACAGAAGGUACAUGACUGCAAUCAACAAUGGAAAUAGAGGCUCACUCAAGGACGGCAUGAUGACCUGGAACGAGUUCCAAUGGGCUCUCAACAACAUGGCAGGACACCCGGAGAUACCUCAGCUAGAGGAUGACGUGGAGAAGACCGCUACCAACAUAUGGUACUCAGCCAUGAAGAACGAAAUGAUGGUUGAAUGGGCAGCCGCGUCCUGGAAUGUGAAUAAAGUUCCCAAGUAUCAUGUCUACAUCGACAGUCUGGGAGCUAUGAUACGCAAAGCUCGCGACAGUAUGAACGACUUUGAAAUACUGGACGAGCUCAGAAAAUUGGACACCAUCGGUGAAAAGAUCGUAUCUCUCCGAAGAGCAGAGUUUCUUCAGGAUAGAUAUUUGGGCCGUGAACUCAGAGGUCUUUUCCCCAACGUGGUAAUCCAUACCGACAUUGUGGCGAAUCCAGGCAAACCUUCCGAGCCGUUUGAGGUUGUCAACCUCCGCCGUACUCUGCAGGACCCGGAGUCUGAGGCCGCAAUUAGAAUCGCUGUCGGCAUGGAACAUGAAACAACGAACCUUUGGAAGAAGAAAUUCGUGGAACAUGUACAUUUCUACGGAGAAACCACUUUCGGAAACCAACCUGUAACGGAAUCACCGGCGACAAAGCAUCGCUCGGUACUAACCGUGUGGGAGAAUUGUUUGAGGGCAACGGAGCAUAUCAUUUGUUGAUUUCUCAUAGCAUUGGCGAUACUACUGGUCGAAACGCACUAUAUGUGAAGAGCUAUUUACGAUUUCAGGAAUC